AUGACCGCUUCUACGGGCAUGGCUGCUGUCAACAUCGGCGGCUGCACGGUCCACUCCUUCGCAGGCAUCGGUCUGGGCGAGGGGCCGCGAAGGGUGCUAGUUGCGCGAGCCGUGAAGACGGCGCGACGUCGGUGGAGCGAGGCGGAAUGUUUGAUCAUUGACGAGGUGUCAAUGCUCUCGGGCGACAUGAUUGACACCCUGGACGCGGUGGCCAGGGCUGCGCGCCGCAGGCCCAAUGUUCCCUUCGGCGGGCUGCAGAUCGUCCUGGUCGGUGACUUCUGCCAGCUUGGCCCCGUGAAGGUCGAGGGCGAACGCGAGUACGCAUUCGAGGCGGAGAUCUGGGACAGGGCUGUCCAGCAUCACGUCUACCUGCAGCGUGUCAUGCGGCAGGAGGGCAGCAGUCUCUUCGCAGGCAUCCUCGGCGAGAUCCGGCGGGGGCACGUAUCGAGCAUCGCGCGUGGGGCUCUGGCACGGUGCCGCCGCGAGCUCCACGUCGAGAACGGCGUGCUGCCCACAAAGCUCCACUGCACGAAUCGAAACGUCGACGUGGAGAACGCGCUCGAGUUGGCAAAGCUCCCGGGAGACGUGCACGCGUUCAGGGCGCUAGACCGAGGGCCCAGGAGCAGUCUUGAUGAUUUCCUCAAGAGCUGCUCCGCACCCACGGUGCUGGAGCUGAAAGUUGGCGCACAAGUUGUUUUGCUCAAGAACCUCAGGGACACGCUUGUGAAUGGCAGCCGUGGUGUGGUAACGUCGUUCACCGAGGGAGGUCUGCCGCUGGUGCUCUUCGACAGCGGUAUGCUCAUUGAGAUCGCACCAGCGACCUGGUUUCGUGAAGAGUCCUCAGGCGAGGCCUCCCGGGAGCAGAUUCCCCUGAGGCUCGCGUGGGCGCUCACGAUUCACCGCUGCCAGGGUAUGACCUUAGACAAGGUGGAGUGCUCUUUGAGUGAUGCCUUCGCAGCUGGUCAGGUGUACGUGGCCUUGUCCAGGGUCCAAUCGCUGGCUGGCCUGCUGCUCCGCAGCUUCGACGUGUCAAAGGUACGAGUGUCUCCGAAGGUCGCUGCCUUCUAUCAGAGUUUCAGGUUCUCUUCGGCAGCACUGGUGGAGUAA